CUACACACUCCAGUUCGAUAAACACCUAUCACAUAAAAUUCAAUAUAUUUAAUUUUUUAAAAAAUACCCAAUUGCUGAUCAUUCUGUGAUAAAGAUGCUUAUUCCAGAGGUGGACAUGUGGAAUGUGUCCAAGAGUAGCCGGAUACACCGCCUUUCCAUCUUCAAUUGCGAUAAGCCUGGACUGAAAGUAUUGGACUACUCCGCAGUGCGGGGAGUUGAUAGGUUCUACUUGGAGUGCCAGGACUACAGGGAUUAUUUCAAAGACCCCUAUAAUCGAGUCCACAAGCCGAAGAGGUUCACCUCGUAUGCGGGCAGGUGCGACGUAAAGUUGGAUACCGACGUUGAGGUCCUGUCAGAACCGACUUUGUGGCGUAUUGAUCGCCAGCCCAUAGUCUAUCCGAUCGACUAUCACUCGGAUAUGGCACUGGGUAGACGGGACUGCGAUCACAUUAAAGCCUUUUGUUCCCCAGCUGAGAGCCUAAGCUUCAAGCGAUAGGUUGCUCAAAAUGCAUGCGAUUGCUGUUACCAUUUUUGUCAGUUUAAAUACAGUUUGAAGCAUUGCA